CACAGCCAAUGAGCGGGCAUACACAACAGGAGUCACGUGACCAGUGGGGCUACAACAUGGCGGAUGUUGAAACGUCGAAAUCUUUGAACGGUUUGCUGAACGGAAUAGCACAAAUAGUGUAUUAUAAUAAUGCUGAAAUAACAGAGGAACUUUUGAAAAAUGAACUUUAUCCAGACUUAACGCAGGAGGAGUUUCGCGCGAUGCAUGAAAAGAUGAAAGGUCUUUUAAAGUCUAUCGCCACUGCUAACAUGGAUCAGGCCCAGCUGGAAGCCUUCCUGACUGCCCAGACCAGGAAGCAGGGCACGGGGGGUGUGAGCGCCGAGCAGGCGGCUGCCCUCUCCCGGUUCUGGAAGAGCCACCGGGCCCGGGUGAGAGAGAGCCUGCUGGGCCAGAGCCGCUGGGAGCCCGGCCUGAAGGGCCUCACCUGGAGGGUGGACCUCCAGACCUCAGCUAGCAGAGGGGGUGCUGCUAACAUUCCUGUGGCCCUGGUGGAGCUGGAACUGGGCAGGACUGGAGAGGAUUCAGACUUUGUGUGUCUGGAGUUUGACGAGGCGAAGGUGAACCAGGUGUUGAAGAAGAUGGCAGAGAUCCAGGAGAGCAUCGACGCCAUCGUACACCGCAGCUAGGGUCUACAUUUCUGUGUGAAAUAGGAGAGAAACGUCCCCGUUCUAUAAAAACAAUAAGUGGUUUCCAGUCUUUUCCUGUCAUUUCUUUUCAUUCUAUGACUUGGACAGAAAACAUUAGCCUGCCAUGUAGCAGACAGGAAAACUAUGCAUUAUAUAUGUAUCUUUAUACCUUAUUUACUGUACACACUGGCUAGCUCAUUUCUUACAGUAAGUCCUAUCUGUUGAGUCUAACAAAUGGGAUAUUGUUCUAUCAAUGCUAGAGAGAACCUGCUGUUUUGUUUUGUGGCCGGGAUGGAAUACUUCUUUUCACGUACAGAACAUACAGUACUGUUAUGCUUGAUUUACAAUUAGUGCAAUGUCCAUUUUGUACAUACCCGUUGCCAUUCCAGAGAGUGAUACAUUGAUAUUUUCAGUUUAAGCCUAGUAAACCUAACAUCCCCUUGCUUAAUGUUGGCCAGACAACUUGUACGAUAUCGUUGUUCCCAAAGGAGCUGCUUCUUCCCACACUAUUUCUAGCCCCUCAACAUUCCGGCUGCCUGACCUGGUCUGAACUUUCCGUACUGGGCACAGGCCAGGGGUGUAGGCUGUUCAGUGAGGUGAGACAUUCACAACAUUGCAAGUAGAAAUAGAACUGACAAAGAUUUGCUAUUCUACAUGACAGACAAGCCUAUCUGUUGUACAUGCAAAAUAAUGAUCUGAAUAUGUUGUAUGGUUGCACCCUCCUGGACAGACCCACAUGCUGUCCCAAUUGGCCCAAUGUCUUAAAUAUCCAUAUGUUCUUGUCUCACUUUCCAUCAUUUUGCUUUUCAACAAUCAAAAGUCUUUCCAAUCAAUACAAAAUAAGUAUCUGGUCCUUUGAACUGUCAGUGAUCAUAGAAGAGAAAAAAUGAACAUUUAUUCAUCCAUAGUGAUGUCAUAAAGAUGAAUUUGUACAAUGAAGGUUAGAGCUGGGACGAUAAACCAAAAAUGAUUGUUUCUGACCGAACCGACAUUAAUCUCGAACAUUUUACUGAUAUUGAUAUUAACGAUAAGUAGCCUUUACUAGUGGAAUGCAUAGUUUUUAAAAAAUCAGUAAGUCUGCUAUAAUACGCUAUUUCUAACUAGAUGAUCGAUAGCUACAACAUUCAAAGUAGUAGUUUUAAGGGUAAUACAAAAGAAGUAACUGGUGCACAUUCAUGUUAUCAAUGUAUUCAGUUUGUCGUUAUCAUGAUAAUUCAGUCAAUUUAUCGUGAUUUGUCCAUAUCGCCCAGCUCUAAUGAAAGGUUCAUGUCAUCUUGUUACCCCCAUUUGCAGAAUGGGAUAUCAACCCACACUUUGGAUCAGGUGUUAAAAAAUGUUAUUAAACCGUAACAAAAUGUAUCAACGCCACACUUCUUUCUGUGUCGUCCGCAUUCCAAGAACCAUAGGUCUCCUCAGUAUCUUUUCCUCUACGAUUCUUCCUGUUCGAAGUCUGGACGGUAGCUAUAGCAUUACUGUUUGACAACCAAGCCGACUUGCACGGACUGGCACUGUUGCCUCUGAAGUGAGGAGGGGUGGCUGGCUUCCUGACAGGGGAGAGAAUGACACUCAAGGCUUUGAUGAAGUGGGGGAAGUUGAUUCAUACACACCCUUUGCGUGACACCACCAUUUUGACAGGGAGCUGACUGGGUCUGAGAGGACAGAUACACCCAUGUACAUAAGGACACACCCUCCUUGUAAAGUGAUAGGAGGAUGAUUUCAGACCUUAUCUUGGGGCAACUUUAAUGCGGUUGUGUUGGCAUGAUGAUUGUGGUGACGAGACCAACGGGUUGGGAAGAUUUUGUGGUUGACUCAUCUGCUGUGAGCUGAGCUGACCUGUAGUCCCUAUAACCUACUAGUCUUCUGGUGUACAUUCACACCUUCUCGCCGUCAACUAAGUAACCAAAGUCGGAUUUGAAAUCCAGUCUUCGUCAACUCCGUAACCCAAAGAGAAACCCAGCACCCUAGCCAAACGCCUCAGUCUGGAGGUGGCAGCCUUACAUGUGACCUGGAGGUCCCAUUUGACAAUUGCAUUAAACUGGAUGUGGAUUAGACAACAGACAGCUACAGGUCACACUGUAACAUCUAGAACUCAACGUUGGUUUUAUUUGGAAGUUCACCAGAGUUCAAGAUGGAUUUGUUUUGUAACACUUUAAUAAGGAGUGGGCUUUGAUUAAGGACUGGGGCAGGGGUGUGUGAUGGUUUAGGCUUGAAAGUGCUCGCUGAUGAAAGCA